UAAAAUAUCGUAAAAAGUCGAUCGAGAGAACACAGAUAAUCUCCUUAGUAUAGUUUUAUUAUAUUUAAUAAUAGGUCAAUUCAUUGUAAAACUAACAUGAAUGAACGAAAAUGAUUCAUUAUCCCUUAUAUAAGUUAUAGGUACUCUAUGAUUACUGUAGGCCUCGUGUCCCGGUUUAGUUUUGUUUUCGGUGAUUUGUAUGAUUUGUAUGUGUUAUUAUUAACAUUGUUUGUCCAAAAGAUGUUUGUGCUAUGUCACCUCAGUUUCGUUGGACGUAUGUAUAGUGUAUAAGUUAUACCGAUCUCAUGUUUGGGGGGUUUGUUUUUUUGUAUUUAACGACGACUGGUUUGCUUAAAUGAUCAUUUUCGUGCCAGGUAUAAUUGGCUCUUCAAGCACACUAAUUAAAAUAUUUUCCGCUCUUCAAUUCUUUUAUGCGACCAAACCGACGCGGGGCAGCAGUAGAAUUGUAUAUAUCUGGGAAAAUGAUAAAUAUUAAAUUUAAAUUUGUUUUGUUUUUGAAAUGUAGAAUGAAAUUCCAUCAAACGGUUCAAUUAACUUUUAAUGGUGCUGGUGUGCGGGUGUUUACGGCACCCGUAUACCAAAACCAGAACAAUCAUACCUUCAAAAAGGGGGGCAAGGUGUCCAAAAGACGUUGUUAUAAGUGUGCCCGAUAUGGGCACAUUGCCCGGCAAUGUCUCGCCCCCCGCAAGCCUAAAGGCAACGCCGCUAAGGAGCUGGUCAGUCUUCCACCAUCACCACCUCAAGUUGACCAAAUGGAGGUGAUUCAAGAGGAGGCGGUGGUGGUGGAAGAAUCACCCAAAGUUGGCGUCAACGUUGAGCAGCUUGCUGGGAUGGUGUCCAACGUUGACGUCAGCAAUGAUGUAAGUAAAGCUAGCUUAAAAUGUUUGUGUAUUUUGAUUUUAACAAUCAUGUAAUUUGCAGGAUUCACAGCCUUCCAGCUACGAAGAAUGUAAGCAUUCAAUUGGAAACUUCACUGCAUACCAAAUUGUGUUUACAUUUAAUUUAUUUUUUGUUUUUCAGCUGAAUAAAAACCAUUUUUUUUCCCCAUUAAUUUGUUUUUUAUUUAUAUGUUAGUUUCUAGCCUAUGUCUAAGGUACAUUAGAUGAACGUGUAUUAUAUGUGUAGGUAC